AUGACGGACAGGAACAUUCUUGAAGGGGUGGUGGUACUGCAUGAAACGCUCCAUGAGAUUCACACGAAAAAACUGGAUGGAGUGGUUUUUAAGGUGGAUUUCGAGAAAGCGUAUGAUAAAGUCAAAUGGCCUUUCCUUCAACAGGCAUUACGCAUGAAGGGUUUUGAUGAAGCUUGGCGACGCCAAGUAGAAUCCUUCACGCAAAAAGGGAGUGUUGGAAUUAAAGUGAAUGAUGAUAUAGGUCAUUAUUUCCAGACACACAAGGGCCUCAGACAAGGUGAUCCAAUGUCUCCUAUUCUGUUCAACAUUGUCGUUGAUAUGUUGGCAAUCUUGAUAGGUCGGGCAAAGGAGGCCGGACAAGUAGGUGGCUUGGUGCCUCAUCUAGUUGAUGGUGGUGUGUCCAUCCUACAGUACGCCGAUGAUACAAUCAUCUUUAUGGAGCACGACUUGGCUAAGGCGAGAAAUAUGAAGCUGGUACUGUGCCUUUUCGAGCAAUUGACCGGUCUGAAGAUUAACUUCCAUAAAAGUAUCCCCAUUCACCAUCGUAAGUUGACUAACAGCGAAUGGAAGUGUAUCGAGGAUCGGUUUGAGAAGAAACUGAGCUGCUGGAAGGGCAAACUCAUGUCAAAAAGGGCUGAAAAGCGGUGGCCCAAUCUUAUGCAAAUGGGCCACGCUGGGGAAGCCAGCCUAGGGCCGGCCUGGGCCUGGUCAGCCAAUUGGAUAAGAAGCAAGCGGCCAGGGAUAGCGAUCCCCUGCCAGCAUCCAUCCCCAAUCCCCACGACCGACGCGGGCGGCGACUGCCAUGGCCGGUCGGCCGUUUCUCCGGCAACUCGUGGAGAGACCACGACCCGGGCGGAGCGCUGCCGAGCCUCGCGUUGGAGGCCGGAGAAGGCUGCGCCAGAGGACUCCGGGGAGGGCGUGCCGGCCCGAUUGGGCACAGGCGAAGACGCCCACGGCCGGUCGGCCGCACCACCGGCGGCAAGAGGAUCUCCCGCCCCGCUCGUCCUCGGAGUAGGAGUCACCGGGGAGGUGGGUGCCGGAUACGACGCCGUUGGAAGCGCCAUUCGCGAGCCCGAGCGCCGCUGGGCUCCAUGUGUCAGCGCCGGGGCCGGGUCGCCUCUGUGCCCGUGGGGGCAAGGCCGAUGGUCGAGCACGGGGUGUGCCGGGAGGAGCAGCGCCGGGGCCAGGACGUCGUUGCUCCAGAUGCCCGUCGCUCGUGCGCCGGAUCACGCGGCCGAGGGCAGUCUCCCACCAUUGGACGCCGAUGAGGCGCCUUGCCGAUGGGGCCCGAGGGUUCGACUGCCGCCGUUCUUCGCGACGAGACUGUCCCUCAUAGAGGAAACAAAGGAAUUCAUGGCCACAGCGCACUGCAGAAACGUCGGUCCUGAGGGCGGCCGCAGUAGCGGGCACCACCACGCCGACGAACACGCGACCGAGCGAUGCUGUAGGGGGAAUCGUCGCGCAGAUGGAAUCGCUCCGCCGGGAGCGUGCUGAUAACGUGUUGAAAGGGAAAACAAGAGAACAAUCGAGAGAGCCUCGGCACAGAUGUAAAAGUGAAUAAAUGUCCUUUCAUUAGAUGAUUGUAGGUAUUUAUACAGGCAGAAGGGAUGCAUCGAAGAGGCAUCCGUUCGGAAGAGAUGUCAGGAACCGACGCGACAGUUGCCAACGCAAACUGGCUGCGGUUGGUACAAGGGGAGAUUCCCCCAUAAUUAACACAAGUUUAAUUGAGCUUUAACAAUCUGGUUGAUCUGGUUGUCCCCGUAUGGCUGACAGAGCAGUAUGUGGUAAAAAAAAGGAUGAUGUCAAUACACAAGAUGGAUCAUGCAUUUUCAUGAAUAA